AUGCUAGAGGACAUAGGUAAUAGCACUUCCCUUUAUGUGGGUAAUCUGCACCCGAAUUGCAGCGAAGCUACUCUGUUUGAUAAGUUUUCUCCAGUGGGUCCUAUUAUCAGCAUCCGAGUCUGCAGAGAUAUACAAACAGGAUUUUCUUUAGGUUAUGCUUAUGUAAACUACAUGAAACAUGAAGACGCCAAGAAGGCGUUGGACAACUUUAAUUAUGACCAGCUGGAUGGACAGCCCUUGCGUAUUAUGUGGGCACAAAAAGAUCUCAAAUCUAAACUUUCAGCAGCUGCAAAUUUGGUGGUGAAGAAUCUACCCAAAAGCAUUGACGAUAAGAUACUGAAGGACAUCUUUUCAAGCUGUGGUACGGUUUUGUCUGUUAAGGUAGUUACAUACCAAAAUGGGGAUUCCAAAGGAUAUGGAUUUGUCCAGUUUGAAAGUGAGAAAUCUGCCAAUGAAGCCAUUUCGAAACUUCACGGUACUAUCAUCCAUGGAAGAAAUAUAUUAGUGUCUAAAUUCAUUCCCAGUGAAUUGGAAGAAUUGUGUCUUUGUUUUGGUAAUAUAAGGAGUGCUAAGGUGGUUACGAAUGAAGAUAAUAAGUCGAAAGGAUAUGGAUUUGUGUGCUUUCAAAGCCCUGAAGAAGCAAGCAGAGCUGUAACUGAAUUGAACAGACUACUCAGCAAUGCUAUCCUCAAUGGUCUCCAGUCGAUCAUGGGAAUGUCUGUACAUGAUUCAUCUUUGUAG